ACACCGGCGACGGACGGCCACCAGAGCGGUUCCUCCCGGAGACGGCAACCGACGAGAACGUGCGUGGGCGUGUGUGCGGUACGGCGUGCGUUGUUCCACAUUGUCGCCACUCCGUACCACCGGUCCGUGUGCGAGCGGUUCGCAAAUACGAGUUUCUAAUUUCGAUUUUUGUUUGUCAUCACGAUUUCGCGUACGCGCGAGCUCGGCCGUCACCCGAUCGCGGCCGACCGGAUCAUCGCGCCGCAGUCGGUUUCCGUCCGGCCGAAAGCACGUCCCGAGUGUCCCGUGCCACGGUCCUUCUGCACGUCUGCUUUCGUCGUAUCGUUUUUCGUAUUUUUUUGUUCCGGACUUAAUGCCGCCGCUACCGUAGGCCGUGGCUGGAAACAAGUUUCUCCCGGCCCACCUGUGCGCGUGUGCCGUCGCCGAGGUUCCAGGGAAUUCCGUCCGAUAGGGAAAGACACAGUCUCAAAGUCUCCUUUGACGAGCCGCUCUGUGGGUGUCGCGUUGACGGUGCGCACUGCGGACUGGUAUUCGAUCAGAAAAGAUUGACACGGCCGUUGACGGCCGUUACGAUAACGGUUGCCACGCGGUCCGCGUCACUUUAUCGUAAUUUAUUUCUCAAUAUGUUAUGCAUGUUUAUUGCGUACGAAAACAUGAAAGUAAUUUGUCAUUGGAGGGAAAGUUGGCAGAAAUAAUUAACACGAUUGUGAAUCUAUAUCAAACAAUGACUUAAUGGUUUGCUCGCUGGACGAAACAAUGAGUACAUUUAUGGAAAACUGUAAUGACACAGAAAUGAACUCAACGUUUAAUUUUAGUUUGGAAGAAGUAUAUUCUAUUUUGUUGGAGCAUAGACGUAAUGAUCGAAAUUUAGACAAAAAUACCGAGACCAUACUGAUAAUCGUGUACUUGGGCCUGAUGACGGUCGGGCUGUCAGCCAACCUGACCGUCAUCUACGUGGUGGCCAGGCGCGCACAGAUGCACACGUCGCGGAACCUGUACAUCGUAAACCUGGCCAUUUCCGACAUGACACUGUGCCUGGUGUGCAUGCCGUUCACGCUCACGUCCAUUCUACGGCACCAGUGGUCCAUGGGCACAGUGUUCUGCAAGCUGGUGCCGCUGCUGCAGGGCACCAACAUCAUGGUGUCGGUAGGCACCAUCACGGUGAUCGCCAUCGACCGGUACUGGGUGAUCGUGCGCGGGUCCGCGCAAAACGAACGGCGCACCGUGUACGUGUCUAUAGCCAUCGUGUGGCUGCUCGCGUUCCUCACCACGUCACCCAUACCUUAUUACCAGGUCGUCGAGCAGCAAAAACUUCAGCAAGUCAUCCUGUACGAGGCGUGCAUCGAGAAAUGGCCGUCGACCGACAUCAAAGUAGCGUACAACAUAGCGAUGGUGCUCAUCCAAGCCGUGCUUCCCGCCACCGUGCUAUUGGUGGUGCACAUUCGCAUCGCAGCCUACCUGCACGCGCACACGGCCACGCAGAAGGACUCGCGGAGAGCCCAACGGGAACUCCAGCGGAACAAGCGCACCACCCUGCUCCUGAUAGGUGUAGCCAUCAUCUUCACGAUAAGCUGGCUCCCGUUGGCCGUGUUCUCACUGGCUGCUGACCUGAUAUCACCGUCGAUCUUGACCACCAAGCAGCUGUACGUGACGCUCGCCAUCUGUCACCUGACCGCGAUGACUUCGGCUGUAUCCAACCCGAUCAUCUACGGGUGGAUGAACUCCAACAUCCGCAACGAGCUGUACCAGCUGUUCUAUGCUAAGAUCUUGCGACGACCGCAGGAGACCCGGUCCACGGUUACGGCCACGACGGCUGUGCGGAACAGAACGCGGCCGCUGAUCACAUACAACACUUCCAACUACAUUCCCGGUAGCCAGGAGAAGUUCUCGAGGAGUGUGACCGUACUUUAGGUGGAGCACGCCGAUGGGGUUAGCAAAGGGCAGCAGCGGUACGGGACAAGGACAGGAUGGAAGACAAGCGUUUCCGUCUGAAAAGGAUCUGCGGCGCAGCUCUGCUUGUCCGUCACAUCUGCUUUUCGAUUCCUGCGUUCCCAGAAUAUUGCGGUCGAACCGUUCGUUCGAUAAUAUUACACGAUUGAGAAAACAAAAUGAUUACUCCUGUCCGUACGGACGGCGAUGCGUAUCGUACAAGUUUUCGAAUUUUCUUCCCCGGCAAUGGAAUAAUGUUUCCCCCGUAACUUCUCAGUACGAGGCAAUCCAACACACUGAACCUGGUAUCUGGUAGUGUAACGGUGUCAGAGAAUCUUGUCGAUCGAAGCAGUGCAGAAUCACGAUUGCCGCCGUAACUUAUUUUUCUUCAUUGGCAUUUAUAACUCUAUUAGAGUCUUGCCGCCGUAACACUACCACUUAGUACAUAAAAAUGCCCAUCAUAACGAUACCCCAGUGUACGCCGUAUGCGUUUGCCUACCGAGCAAUUUCCUCUCCACUGCGUAAAAUCAACAUUUUAGCAUAUGUAAAUAUAGCUUCAACUAUUAUAAAAUAUUUGAAGAUAAGGAUACGUUCGAAAUGAUUUUUUCAAUGCACAGACAUUUCCGAAAAAAAAUAUUUUGUUCCUAAAAUAUAUACUUAUAGUACAAUAAUUUACAAGU